CCGGCUAUAAUGUGCUUUACAACUCGUGAGUUGCUCUUUAACGUUGUUCUGAGUGCCGAUCUCAUCUCCAAGGAAGGGGGAGGCGCCUCAUAUCCGCUAUAGUUGCGACUGGCGCUGAGGGCCCUGCGAGAAGCCCUUGCAGAGGGCUCCAGCUCGGUCACCGCGGGUCUCGUUCUGGGAGCGGAGCCAUUCACCCCCCCCAGCGGCUACCGGUAACCGGCAGGCAACGGCCGGGGACGGCGCAAGCCUCGGCCCUGCCCCUUCCGCACUACGGCUCCCGGCGGCCCCUGCGCGGCGAUGCGGCGGGUCAACAGCAGCCUGUCCAGUGAUGAGCUCCUCCUGGAAGACUUGGAGACAGAAGGAGAGCGGCAGCUGAAGAGCCUCCUUCACCACCAGCUCGAUACCACUGUCUCCAUCGAGCAAUGCAAGUCAAAGCGGAGAUGCUUUGCCCCUGCAGCUUUUUACAAGCCUUUUGGGGAAGAGGCUGCGGGGGCUCUGACCCUGUCGCAGUUCCAGGCCCUGCAGGAGAACAACAAAGAAACUGCCUCUCUCCGGGAGCUGGGGCUCUCUGACUCGGAGAUCCUGCUCUGGAAGAAUCGGGCUUCAACAGCAAAGGGCUCUGGGCUGGGAGCAGCCCCGGAGGCCACACAGGACAGACUCCAUGCCAUCCAGGAGAAGAUGGAAGAGCGUCAGCGCAUCCUGGCUCUGCCGCAGAGGUUUGCUGGCAGCAAGCAGCUGAGCCGGAGGGAGAUGGAGAUUGAAAAUGCCCUCUUCCAGGGAACAGACCGGCACUCCUUCCUCCGGGCGCUCUACCACGAAGAUGACACUCAGAAGAGGAUAACAGAUGUAAAGGACCCCAUGGUUCAUCUGGAGAGUGUUUACCAAGAGCUGCUAAGCAAGAAGUGCCCUGAAGAAGUCCAGCCUACCAAGAGUGACGCUUGCUCGUGCCCUUCCCCGGCCCUGCAGGGGCCUGCGGCUGAGGAGUCAUUGCUUCCAGACCAGGAAGAGCAGGCGGAACAGGAAAGAAGUCCCAUCCUUCCUGCAGCAAAACCCCACCAGCCCCCUCCAAGUCCUGUGGUUAUCAGAGACCCUGUAGAGUUUGUCCCAGAAGAGGAGAUCUGCAAGAACCGUCUCUCAGAGGAAGAACUCCGGAGUAUUCCUCGCUUCUCGUCCUACAACCCUGGGGACCCCAGCAAGGUGCUGUACUUGAAGAACCUGGGCCCUCGAGUGACGAUGAAGGACCUAGUGUCCUUGUUUGCUCGGUUCCAGAAGGAGGACAGCCCACCGAUCCAGUUCCGCCUCCUGAGCGGCCGCAUGAGGGGUCAGGCUUUCCUCACCUUCCCUGAUGUUCAGUCGGCGCAGGACGCCAUGCACUUGGUGAACGGGUACAAGCUGCAGGGGAAGCCACUGGUCAUUGAAUUUGGGAAAAGCAAAGGGCAUUCACCAGAGGCUGCCUCUGCCGUCCCCUGCUCCUCCGCUGGAGAGAACCCUCCUGCCAACUAGGGGACGGAUAACUGCGAACCUUGUGGAUUUGCAUGUGUCAUGAGAACUCCUUGGUUGUAACUGGGAUGGCAAAGGACUGUUGGGAGUUAACGUGGAGGUCUGUAAAUCCCAAAUUCGGGAAGGCAGAGAGCUGGGCACCAGGCUUUUCUUUGAGAGAUGGGCACUGUCUUUACCCUACUGGGGUGUACUGGCUUUUUCCUCUUGUGCUACACAUGUCUGCCUUCUCAGCCCUUUGGCAAGGAGAGGGGGAGGAAGCCAUGUAAAUAAAUGUAUUAUACUAUUU